GUCACGUCCUGGCGCGCGCGGCCUGGCGCGGCCUAACCAAGAGGCGCCUCCGCCCCACCGUGUUCGGGGCUCCGCUCGCCCGGGGCUCCCCGCCCGCCGCCGCUCCGCGCCCGGGGCCGCCCGCCCGCCGUCAUGAAGCUCGUCAGGUUUCUAAUGAAGCUGAGCCAUGAGACUGUGACCAUUGAGCUGAAGAAUGGGACGCAGGUGCAUGGAACGAUCACAGGAGUGGAUGUCAGUAUGAACACACAUCUCAAAGCAGUGAAAAUGACACUGAAGAACAGAGAGCCCGUGCAGCUGGAGACGCUGAGUAUUCGAGGGAACAACAUCCGCUACUUCAUUCUGCCAGACAGUUUGCCUCUGGAUACUUUGCUAGUGGAUGUUGAACCAAAAGUCAAGUCCAAGAAAAGAGAAGCAGUUGCUGGAAGAGGCCGUGGCAGAGGCCGUGGCAGAGGCCGAGGUCGUGGAAGAGGAAGAGGAGGCCCAAGACGAUAACUUCUCAUCAUGCAACUCUUACCAAAUUCUGGGCAAUGCAGGCUAUUUUUUGUACAGGUCUUGUUUAUGGUAUCCAUUUUUAAUAAACUGAAAUGUGAAAAGGUGUCUUUCCUUUGUUAGCAAAGCCUGGGGAGGGAGGCAGUGUGCUGUCUCUGGGGCUGUUGGACUACAUGGAUCUUUGUUGUCAUUGUCGAGAUUUUGGCCACCCCUGGAGGCUAUACAACUCCUCUUGCUUUUUGCCCCAGAACAAGAGACUUGUGUUGUGCUUUAACAAUGUUUGCAAUUAAUCCCUCUUUUCUAAGGCACUUGCCAUCUUCUAAUGGUUUCAUAGUUAAGACACUGUGUUAAGAACCCCUAUCCCGUGAGUGUGUCUCUAAUACUGUUCUUUUCUAAAGUACAUAGAUAUAAUUUUAAUGUUUUCUAUUACAUGAAGCUUGCAAUUUAAACAUGUUGCUUUCUUUAUAAAACAUUUACACAGGAAAAUUAACCAGGUCCAUAGAACUGCUGGAUUGUUACAUCUGAUGAUUAAAGAAUACCUGGAUAUAAACUUUGUCAAAGCUAAUUAUAUGGCAUACUUUUGUUUGGGUGGGGCUCGUAAAGCAGCUUUAUCACAGAUACCUUCUUAGUGUACUUCAAGUACGUCCCUAGAAAAUACAAAGUACAGCACAGUGCACAGAUGUAUACUGGAAUUGGAAGCUUUCUUCUGGAGGUGGGAGAACUUGUGCAGCUCACACACAUCCGUGCAUAUAUAUAGAUAUAUUCAUAUAUAUAUAUAUAUUCACUGCUUUGCUGGACACAAAUACAAAAGAAGCUGUGUUGGCCGCAUUUAUCUCCCAAUGCCAUCCUGCUGAUUUACUCCCAUGUAGGAAAGCAAUUGUCACAUUCUCAUUGCCAGACUUCAACAGUUUCACCUGUUGAUGAAAUGCAGAUGUCACUUCAAACAA